CGAUGGUUUGGGUAUCCUAAAGACGUACAACAACAUAAAGAUGGUAGUUGUGGAGUCAUCAAGUGGGAGGCUUGAAGAACAUACAACCCAUAGUCUUGAGGAUUCACUCAAAAUUCUCGAGGGCAAUGUCGCUUCUUUGAGGUGGCAGGCUUCACACUACGAAAAUGCAUCGCUAGAAACGUUUAAGAAACUCGGUGCCUAUGGCCUUCAAAUCAUCAAAACGCAAGUGACGUUAAGCAAGACGACAAUUCACGAUAAGAACCGUUGGAAAAAUAUAGAAAUGCGUUCAGCACAAUUACCCAGAAGCUGGGAUGAUAGGUUGAUAUUGCUGGAGUUUUUAGAGUUAUUUGCAACCCUAUAUGUAAGGGCAAACGGAAGCUGAAUGAUGACUAUGGAUAAUGAUUGUUGCAUUCGGAACAAAUAUAGUAAUUAUACAUUCAUAGCUUGAACUUGUACCUGCAGAAUGUCAUGUCCCGAUCACUGUCUAUGGCAUCGAAAUACGAGUGAGAAUUAAUAAAGUAAAACACAGCAUAAACGGCUGUCAACUUAAACUUGAAUUGUCAAGUAAUAAGCAAAUGUUCACAAGUCAAACUAGUAUCAGAU